UGAAAAUCAAUACACGUCCCGAUAAGGAUAUGAACUAUAUUAUGAAAGUAGUACUGGUCUAGGCCACGGCGGACAAGUGAUGGUUAUGAGGACUAAAUUGAUAUCCCAAUCAUCAACGAAAUAAGCAACUCUCAUCAUGUCCUUAUAUUUAGAUAUUAAAGAAUGAAAAGAAUACCGAGUCUGUGUCUGCGUGAACCCCUUUUCGUUUAGUACAACAAUUCUAGACUUCACGGGGUCUGAUUCUCUCUAUUUAAUAAACCCACUUUUCCACAAACAAAAGGACACCAACUCAACAGUUUCACUAGUCCGCACAUUCACCUUCACUGUUUCCUAAAUUGUCCUGAGCUGCUCUCCAAGAACUAUAAUCAACUCCCUGUCAAUGAUGUCUUUCUCCUCCACACCAUUUCCUGCUCUCUUUCUUCUUCUGUUAGUCUCCAAUUCUAUAGCCAAUGCUGCAAACAGUUCCAACCGUAGGCCGAGGUAUCAACUAUCACUUGAUUAUUACGCAAAAUCAUGCCCUCAAGUUGACCAGCUCGUUGCUUCCAUAACCUCACAGCAGUUCAAAGAAGCACCCAUCUCUGCUCCUGCCACCAUUCGCCUCUUCUUCCACGACUGCUUCGUCGAAGGGUGUGAUGCAUCAGUAUUGAUUUCGUCGAAAGCUGGAAGUAAGGAAUUCGCUGAAAAGGAUGCAGAGGAUAACAAGGAGCUGGCGGUGGAGGCUUUCGAUACCGUAAACAAGGCUAAAGCAGUGGUGGAGAGCAAGUGCCCUGGAGUUGUUUCCUGUGCAGACAUUCUUGCACUUGCUGCUAGAGAUUUUGUCCACUUGGCUGGAGGUCCAUAUUAUCAAGUGAAAAAAGGAAGGUGGGAUGGGAAGCUUUCCAUGGCUUCAAGAGUGCCGUCUAAUCUUCCUCGUGCAAACGCAACUGUGGAUGAGCUUCUUCGACUCUUCCAAUCAAAGGGCCUAACACUUGAAGACCUGGUGAUCCUCUCAGGUGCUCACACAAUAGGCUUUGCACACUGCAGGCAUUUCGUGAGCCGAUUAUACGACUACAAGGGCACAAGACAGCCUGAUCCUUCCAUUGAUCCUAGGCUCCUUAAGGCCCUCAAAAUGUCAUGCCCGCAUUAUGGAGGGAACACUGAUAUAGUAGCACCAUUUGAUGUCACAACUCCAUUCUCAUUUGACAAUGCGUAUUAUGGGAACUUGGAGGCUAAAAUGGGGUUGCUGGCCUCUGAUCAGGCACUGUUCUUGGACCCUAGAACCAGGCCUUUGGUGCAGGCACUGGCUAAGGACAAACAGAAGUUCCUUCAAGCAUUUGCGGCGGCUAUGGAUAAAAUGGGAUCUAUUGGGGUAAAGAGGGGCCGCAGACAUGGUGAGAAAAGAAAAUAUUGCAGCAUACACAUGGGAUGACUAUUAACCAACUUUUUUUUAGCUAUUUGUCCAAAUUCUUUAUUUCUUUUAUUGGUUGUAGUUUGGUUGUCCCUCGUUGCUUUCUUGCUUACUUUUUUUUAAUGUUUUUAUUCUUUUUCCAAUGAUGAUUUGGUCCGCGGUUUUCUACUGUACGGCUUCUGAUGUUUGAUCCAAAUUAUAGUAGUUAGGGUUAAUUACAUUUACAAUAUUUUAAAAUUUUGAAAAAAAUU